AUGUUUGAUGCAAUGGGUGCUGGUGGAUCAGCAGAUGACAUCAAUGCCAUGGAAAUUCACCACUGGUACACAAAGUUUAUGAAGGAGUGCCCAUCUGGACAGCUUUGCAUGCAUGAAUUUAAACAUGUCCUGGAUCUACAUGGACUUACUCCUGAAGCUAACAGCUAUGUUGAACAAGUAUUUCACACGUUUGACAUGAAUAAGGACGGAUUUAUAGACUUCUUGGAGUUCAUAGCUGCAAUAAAUUUGGUUAUACGAGGGAAAAUUGACCAGAAAUUGAAAUGGUAUUUCAAGCUAUACGAUGCUGAUGGAAAUGGAUGCAUUGACAAAAAGGAACUAUUAAGCAUAUUCAGGGCUAUCCAGGCUAUUAAUGGCUACACCAACAUGAGUGCUGAAGAGUUCACAAACAUGAUAUUUCAGAAGAUAGAUGUGAACAAUGACGGGGAACUCACUUUGGAAGAGUUUAUCAAUGGUGUGGAAAAAGACGAGGACCUAAUGGAACUGAUCACACAAAGUUUUGACCUUUCCAACGUACUCAAAAUCAUACAGAACGGCAGGAGAAACAGUGUCUGAA